AAUUUUUAGAUUUUUUUCAGAAUCGGAAAGAUACAUUUGCAUUGGGUGUAUGUAAUGGAUGUCAAUUUUUGAGUCAAUUAAAAGAAUUAAUCCCCGGUACAGAAAAUUGGCCUUUAUUCAAAAGAAACAAAAGCGAACAAUUUGAAGCUCGAUGUAGAUUAGUUGAAAUAACUUCUUCAAGUAGAGCAGAGUUUUCUAGUAACGAACAAUUAAAAAAACUAAUAGCUCAAGGCCUUGUCGCAGUGAGAUUUGUAGAUAAUUACGGAAAUCCAACUGAAAAGUAUCCAUAUAAUCCAAAUGGAAGUCCAUUAGGAAUUACAGGUAUUCAGACACCAAAUGGAAGAGUGCUGGGUAUGAUGCCACAUCCUGAACGUGUAAUCCUUAAGGAGGCGAACUCGUGGUAUCCUGUUGAAGAGG